UUGUUCUCCAACUUCAGCUCAGUCCUCUGCAGGCUGCGCUCUAAUCCUCCUCCCGUCUCUCUGUGGGUUUGUUUUUCCUCUCCUGUUUCUGUGUGUGUGUGCGCGCGCGCGUGCACGAGGGAUCAGGACGCACGGAGGAUGCGCCUUUUGGAGAGACAAACACCCGAACUUGUGCGUCCGGCCGCUCCGGGGCUGUUUUAGUGGAGACUCCCAUGUUUUUGUGGCUGGAGUGAGGAAUGCCGCGGCUCCUUGGAGCGCUGACCGGGAGCAUGCUCCGGGUUCGGCUGCUGCUGCUGCUGUGCACCGUGGAGUCUGGAGCCGGGGUGCCCCCCUUCCAGGGGUUCUACCUUCCACCUGCCAGCGGCUCGCUGCUCUCACCUGCCCGGAGGACAGACGGGGUGGUCCAGACUAUUGACCGGAUUUACCACGGUGGGGGGAAGGUGGGCUACCUGGUGUACCUGGAUGGGAGGCGCUUCCAGCUGGACAUGGAGCGGGAUGAGUCGGUGCUGUCGCAUCACUCCAGCCCCCAGUAUGUGCGCGUGAUGCUGGGGCAGAUCCCCAUGCAGCGGGAGUGCGCGUACCGGGGCACCGUGGACUCCAACCCGGAGUCCCUGGCCGUGCUCAACCUGUGCGGGGGAGGUCUGGAGGGCUUCUUCGCCGUCAACCACUCGCGCUACUCCAUCACCCCCAUCAUCAGGGCAAGGGGACACGAGCACGACGUGCGCGCCCUGCACGAUAGGGACGCGGAGAGCGCGCUUCACGUGUUCACGCGUGAAAGUUUCAGCUUCGAGGCUUUGAGCGAGGGACGCGACAGCUGUGGCACGCGCGACGGGCGCAGGGGACGCCGGCACGCCAAGCGGAGAAAAGGGAGGAGGUGGUGGAGCCGGUUCGCCACGGCACCGGCAGCUACGGAGCCUGGCGCGCGGCGCAGGAGGUCGGUCUCACGCGCCAGGCACGUGGAGCUUCUCCUGGUGGCGGACGAGACCAUGAUCAAGAAAUACGGACGGGACCUGAACCACUACUUGCUGACUCUGGCCUCCAUCGCCUCCAAGCUGUAUGGGCACGCGAGCAUCGAGAACCCCAUCCGGCUGUCCGUGGUGAAGGUGACCACGGUGUCCGAGAAGGAUAAGGGGCUGGAGGUGUCCACCAACGCGGCCGCCACCCUGAAGAGCUUCUGCAAGUGGCAGAACCAGCAGAACUCCCUGGACGAUGACCACCAGCACCACCACGACGCCGCCAUCCUCUUCACCAGGCAGGACCUCUGUGGCCACCACUCCUGCGACACCCUGGGUAUGGCUGAUGUCGGCACCAUUUGCUCCCCAGAGAGAAGCUGCGCCGUCAUAGAGGACGAUGGGCUUCACGCCGCCUUUACCGUCGCCCAUGAAAUAGGUCAUCUGCUCGGAUUGUCUCACGACGACUCAAAAUUCUGCGAGGAGCGCUUCGGCGUGAACAGCGACAAGCGGCUCAUGUCCUCCAUCCUCACCUCCAUCGAUGCCUCCAAACCCUGGAGCCGCUGCACCUCAGCGACCAUCACCGACUUCUUUGACGACGGCAAUGCUGAGUGUCUCCUCGACACUCCUCGUCAGCCCCUCCUCGGAUCGGAGGAACUUCCGGGUCAGAGCUACGAUGCUGUACGCCAGUGCCGGCUGGCCUUUGGGCCCGAAUACACCGUUUGCCCAGGCAUGGAUGUCUGUUCCCGGCUGUGGUGCGCCGUGAUCCGCCAUGGACAGAUGGUGUGUCUGACCAAGAAGCUUCCAGCGGUGGAGGGGACGCCCUGUGGGAAGGGACGCAUCUGCCUGCAAGGGAAGUGUGUGGACAAGACCCGCAAGAAGCACUACUCGGUGUCCAACCACGGCAGCUGGAGUUCCUGGGGUUCAUGGGGGCAGUGCUCGAGAACCUGCGGAGGCGGGGUGCAGUUUGCCCAGCGUUUGUGCAACAACCCGCCACCUCGAAACAACGGGCGCUAUUGCACCGGAAAGAGAGCGAUCUAUCGAUCCUGCAACGUCGCUCCAUGCACGGCUUUGAGUAAAAGUUUCCGUCAGGAGCAGUGUGAGGUCCGCAACGGUCCCCAGACCGAUCCAAAAGGGGUGAAGACUUUUGUCGAGUGGGUGCCUAAAUACGCGGGAGUUCUUCCUAAAGAUGUGUGCAAGUUAACCUGCAGGGCAAAAGGAACGGGCUACUAUGUGGUGUUCUCUCAAAGGGUGGCUGAUGGGACAGAGUGUCGCCCUCACAGCAGCUCAGUGUGCGUUAAAGGGAAAUGUGUUCGUACAGGCUGUGACGGCAUCAUUGGCUCCAAGCUCCAGUUUGAUAAAUGUGGAAUGUGUGGAGGCGACAGCACGGGCUGUGUACGGGUAGCUGGGAACUUCACCAAGAAGAGUAAAGGCUACACUGAUGUGGUGAAGAUCCCCACAGGCUCCACUCACAUCAAGGUCCGUCAGCACAAAGCCAAGGACCAGACCCGCUUCACCGCCUACCUGGCUCUUCGACGGCCCAAUGGAGAGUACCUCCUAAAUGGCAAGUUCAUGAUCUCCACCUCAGAGACGAUCAUCCUGCUCAAUGGUUCUCUGCUCAACUACAGCGGCUGGAGCCAGCACGACGAGUGGCUCCACAGCAUGGGUCCUGGGGCUUUAAAAGAACCGCUGGUGGUCCAGAUUCUAGCUACAGAUGCCAAAAAGCCCCUUGAUGUUCGUUAUAGCUUCUUCAUGCCGCGACGAACAGCUCCACAGCCGCAAAUAAUGCCAAAGCUGAUCUCGUCGCAGAUCACUACCACAACAGCUAUGACAGCAAGAACCACCAUGACUAGCACCACUAUGUCAUCCUCUACAGCCCUUGCUCUGGUUCCAGGGGUGACCACAACAACUGGCCCCUCGACCCCAGCGCCAGGGCCCAGGUGGGUAACAGGACCGUGGAUGACGUGCUCCAGGACUUGUGAUACUGGCUGGCAGAGUCGGACGGUGCAGUGUAAGGACCAGGAUGGUAAACUGUCCAAGGGCUGCAUUCUGAGCACCCGACCUUCUGCCUUCAAACACUGUCUGAUAAAGAAAUGCUGAACCAGCAGGAGAGGACAAGAAAACGUUUGAAGGAAGAAGUUUCGAUCUAAAGGUCUGAAAGGAUCUGAAACAUUGGAUGUAGAACCAAUAGACCAUUGAGUUUGAGACAUCAACUCUUAAACGGGAUUGUGAAUGUUGGCGAGGAACGCCAGAAUCAGACACUGGGAGAUUCCGAGGUAGACUCGCUAAUAAGCUAGAAAAAUGACCUGGAAUCCUUCAAGCUAUGCAGAACAGAGGAUUAUCACCCUGACAUGACUGAUGACGGAAACUGCAUGUAACUUCUACAUGGACAAUACCUGAUUGUCUUUUCUUCAGCCUCCAAAACCCAGAGGCUUAGCAAGUCUUGCCCCAUGGUGGCAUGCCUGUUGUCUUACGCUUCCUCGAGUUGCUGUCACUCAACUUCAGUCAUGAAUUUGUUCACGGCAAGACCCCUGCAAUGGGGAACUACUUGGUAGUGUUCUGUUUCGGGUUUUAUACAGAAAAACAUCAGGGUCCUGGAUCGUCAUUUGCUGUACUUUUCUUUAAAAAAAAAAGUGCUGGAGGCGUGUUGGAACAUUUGACUCACUGGAUCAUCGUCCGUCUUUGUCAAGAUCUUAUAAGCUAACUCUGAGAAAAGCCUUUUCCAUCAAAUCCCUGUGCCAAAAAAUGGUAUAUUCCAGUCAUCUGAUUGCAGUUGAAUUUGUAAUUUUCUCAUGAGGUUUUAUGGCUGAAAGUAACAGGACAUGGCGUUGGCCUGGAUUAGCAUCACCCAUUGAUGUAUUCAACUGGAAAUCAUGAAGAAGGGAAGGAAAGUUUUUCUAUGGUCUAGUUAGGAACACGUACAACGUCUAAUAAUCAAGAAUAAAUAGGGUAAGUAAAUGGUCACCAAUGACCAAUUUUAGGUUUGCAGGUGUAUUGAUUGUCUCCUGCUUUAUUGUCCUUUCAGGAACAAAUAGGGGCAACUCCUCCCCAAAAGACACAAAUUAUGAUUGUACAAAAAUGAGAUUUACUUUGACUCACAGGUUUGGGGCAAUGCCCAAGUUGUGUGUAAAUUUGUCUUGGUGUGACGUUGAUCUACACCCUUUAUAUAAUGUCUUUCUUUUUCAUGCACAUACAGUUUGUAUCAUCAGAAUAUAUGUACUGAUUCUAAUGGGUCACUAUGAGCUUUUCAUGCAGGCGGAACAUGAGAAUAGUCUCCUACACCGAUCUCCUGCAUUAGCUUCUGACAGAAAACAGACGGUGAACCUCUAGGAUUAGAAAAGCCUGACAGAUCUACGUCUCACUGUCACUAACAUUUAUGGACUCACCCAUCUUGGCUCACAACGGGGAAGGCUGUUGUGGGUUUAGCCUCCAGGAAAAAGCAGAAGCUAGCAGUUAGCAUUAGCAGCUCCACCACACAGCAGAACUCCUCCAGGCUUGUGUUAUUUGUGGAGAUUAAACAUCAAUGUUGAAGAGCAACGGGAGUCAGUGGUAGAGUCAUGUUGCUGUUAUCCAAUCAGAGGAGAGAUGUCCAAACAUCAGGAGUAAAUCCUGCCGUCUGACGCUCGACUCUGAUUUAGCUCACUUCUAGUUCCACAAACAGACGCACCGAAGCUUUUUUCCCCAGAGAACGCGUUAUAACUAAGGUAUUGAGUCCCUCUAGAGACCACUGAAAAUGUACUGAUUAAUCAACCAGUAAAAUACCCUACACAGUUUCAAAAUGUACAUAAAUAUUUUGACAUUUUGUCCCAAAAAGGCGUGUUUGGAAAACAGUUUUACUUUUGACAAAAUAAGUAACAUGAUUUUAGACAUUUCACGAACAACCACAGAAGUAAAUAUGUGAUAUUUUAGAAAAAAUAUACAUUUUUUGAAAAUGUUUUUGUUGUUUUUGCAUCAUCCAGAAAGUAGAAUUUCUCUAAAUGUCUUUGCUUCAUUUGUGAUGUUUUCGUGAAUUUGUUGUCCGCUUUGCAUUUUUGCAUUUGCCACGCUGUAACUCUAAGCUUCAGUUUAAUGCAGUUUAAUAAUGGUGUCAAUCUUCUUGACUAUAAAGGCUGUCUUCAUUACCAGACAUUUCUUUAUGUACUGAAGAGGAGAAACAAACUCCUCUGUCAUUUUGAUGGGCCAGUGAUUCCAAAUCCUCCACCUUUACCUACAAUACUACCUUUAUUUUGGUAAUCCAAUAAAAGAGGCAAAAAGGUUUGUGCGUCUUCCCCAAGACAAACUUAAAUUGAGACAAUAAAAUUGAACAAAAUUCCAUUUAUUUGAAUGAGGAAUAAAAAAACGUGGUCUUGGCAACAUUACCUAAGCUUUCACGAACAACUAGGCAACAGCGUGAAUGACGGAUCUUUAACUGACUUCCUGUACUUGUGUUAAAAUAUUUGGCUAUCAUGUUUUCUUGAAAAGCAAAUUUCGCCUGUUUGGCUUCCAUGUAGGAAAUAUACUGAAGACAAUACUUGACCCAGGUCAGUGCACUACCCAAAGAUUCUCUCGGCUCCUUCAAACAACACUUAGACACAUUUGUUCAAUGAACAGAUUAUUAAUUUAUGUUUAUAUUAGGGCUGCACAAUAUUAGAAACAAUGUUGUUGCAAUAUUUAAUAUUGGGAUAACUAAAUAAAGUGCGAUUAAAGCAACAAUUUUUGUGUUCUUUAGCGUCUUGAGCACCAUAGAGAGCCUAAGUCUCCUCCCUUUCCGGUGGCUCAUGGGUCCCGGAAGAAAGAAAAAAUUACUGCAAGUCAACGGGGCUAAAAACACUGGAGUCUAAUCUGCUUUGUCUACACCCUGGAUCACACAUAUGUUGUUCUUCAGUUUAAAUGAAAAGUAAUGAUGGGUGUUUUGACCACGCCUGUCACGUACUUUGAGAUUUAUCAGCUUGUAAAAGUUCGUAAUUAGCAUGAUUACACACUAGAAAUCGGCACGUCACAUAUGUGACGUCACCACAUAAUCUCCUCUCCCCUAGCGUAGCUGCUACUCACCACAUGACCAGAUUUAUGGUGGUUCUUUCCUCCUGUGGGAAGUUUGCUGAACUUUCAGCCAUUUUCCCUCAGUUUUCUCUGUGUCUGGUUCGAUGACGUCACUUUCGUGAAGCGCAUUUGUAGUCCUGGACUUAUUUUAACACAAAACCUAAAAUAGCGUUUCCUCCUGUUCGAAAAUAAUCUUGGUAUCAAAAUGUGUCUUUUAAAUUCACUGACAUCAUGUGUGAAAUCCAUGGCACAAAACAAGUGGAAUUAGAAAAUAGCAUUUUUAGCCCCUUUGACUUAGAUUCAUUUUUUCGUUCUUCCGGGGAUCCAUGGUCCGGAAAUAGAUGGGUGUGACAGGCUCCUUAUUCAUCUAAAGAAGGUGUGAUCAUUGUGAAAGUUCAUCUGAAUGGCCAAAUUUAUGAUUGACAAGCAGAUUGUAAAUGCACGAAACUUGGAAAUUAAUAGUUUGGUUUUUUUGAAGACCUUUACAAUAAUGAUACUGUGCACAAUAAUAUCGCAAUAACAAUGACUUAUGAUAUUUACUGCGCAUUUAGUUGCGAUAACGAUAAAAUUGUUAUAUUGUGCACAUCGAUGGUGCAAUAACAAAUUUUACUCUGUGUUGAUAUAACUACAUUUCUGAUGUAUUGAGUACUGAUAUAGAUAGCAAUACUGAUAGAUUAAUUUUGAUAAAUCAUACACAUUAAUAUCGCAAAAAUGAAAAUGUUGAUAUUUGUGUAAAUUUUGAUUGUGACACUGAUAAAAUUGUUAUAUUUUGUACAUCGAUGGUGCAAUUACAUUUUUACUGUGCUGUUGAUAUCAUAAUAAACAAAAUUUCAGACGUAUUGCAUAACGAUACUGAUAACGAUAUCGAUAGAUUAAUUUCAAUAUAUUGUACACGCUGACAUUUUGAUAUAUUGUGUUCUUUGAUAUAUCAAUCAACAAAACAAUUAGAUAUAUUUUGCAGAACAGUAUCGUGAAAAUUAUGACUUUUGAUAUAUGGUGCACGAGGAUACCCUGAUGUUGAGUUUUGACGUCUUGUUCACAAUAAUAUUGAGAUGCUAACAUUUUCAGUGUUUUGUGGUCAUUUAUAUCAUAAUAAUGGUAAAUCAUUUGUUUAUUGGGCCAAAGGAAACCGCAACAAUGAUAUUUUUUCUAAUACUGUGCAUGCCAAUAUUGUAAUAUUUUAGAAUAUAAUGUGAGCCAAAAUUUCAAUAAAUUGUGCACCUUGGUUCAAAAUUUGAAAUAUUGUGAUGACAAACUGUCAAUUUGUUGUUCACAUUGAUUUUGCGAUAAUCAUUUAAUGUACUGAGCGCAUCGGUAUGUCGUUGUCAACAUAUACUCUAUACAUUGUACAGCCCAUCCAAGUAUAUUAAUCAGAAAUGUACACAUGUAAUACAACUACUUAAUAUUAAGUCUUUGUAUUCUCCAGUCCCAAGUCUUAUUCCAGCUUUUCCAGUGUGGGAAUCGCCGGUUCGUGAGUGACAGAAACACAGCACUGAACUUGUAAUUUAUAUUUUGUACAACUGAAAUGUGUGAAUUCAAAAAAAAAGGGGGAAACAAUGACAAGAGUUUUAUUUAUUAUAGUAAUUUCGUAUGAAAUUACUAUUUAAGUAAGGAAAUAUGACUGUGCUGAAACAAUCCUAUGUAAGAAUAUAGUGUUUACUUUUCUAGUCAUCCACAUGAAUAUAUGUAUAUAAAAUCUAUAUAUUUAAACACC